AUGCUAUGGCUCGAUGUCCACCUCGAGUUAGUCUUCUGGUCGAUUUUGGGCUUCAUGGCCCGGGAAGGGCUUACUAAACUUACCUUCUACUCGAACUCCUACAUCAACCCGAACUACAAGCUGUCGGGCUCGUGCAUUUGGUCGAAUUUUACCGCCUGUCUGUUGAUCGCUCUAGUUAACCAGUACGACCAGGGGUGGCAAACGCUGCUGGCGGAGGAGAAGACGCAGACGAAAAAAUCGCUCGUGAUCUACACAGCCCUCACCACAGGCUUUAUUGGCAGUUUCUCGAGCUUCUCGGCCCUGGUUAUGGAAAUACUCGCCAAAACACUGGAUAUUCUCAACGUACACAACAAGCUGCCCAACCACGGCUACGGAGUUAUGGAGUUUUUCUCCGUCAUCUUCACUCAAAUGGGCGUGUCCAUGAUUGGUUACCAUUUGGGCUCCGAUCUCGCUUCUUUCCUCACCAGGUUUGGCGACUCAUGGGGGCUUGGCCAUAGAAAGUUUAUCAAAGUGGUGCAUAAUUUUGAGCUGCUGACCAUGGUGCUCGGAGUUAUUGUGUGGAUCGCUAACCUCGUGCUCUGCUGCACUUUGCACAACCACCAUUUCUGGAAGAAAUCCUGGUCGUUCGGCAUCGUCUUCGCCCCCUUCGGCUGCUUUGGCCGCUACCAUCUCUCAAAACUCAACGCUCUCUCUUGGUUUCCCAUCGGCACCUUUAUCACUAACGUCACUGCAUCUACUCUCCUGGCAAUACUUUAUCUUUUAAUACACGGACAAACCAGCACGGGCGAGCCUCUGGUUACCGACCAACUACAGCUGGACCACUUUGAGCACGUUUGUUAAUGAGAUUGUCGCGCUCAGAAACGAAAUUCGCCGCGCUGUCUACUAUACCACCAGUCUUGUGGUUUCAUUUCUCACCAUGAUGCUCAUCCUGGGCUGCUACAGCUGGACAAAAGGAAUCUCUGCCAACUAGAGCUUGUGCUCGCGCAAAAACGACUCCACCAGCAUAACCGUCUUCAUGGCCAUUCCGUGCGAAUUCUGGUAUCCAGCACCUGCUGCGCCGUAGUUGUGCACCACGCGGCCAACGCCAGGAAUAACCUCCUUCUCAAUUCGUGGCCCGCCUUUUCUGCCCGGUCUAAGGCCACAGUGCACCUUGACGACGUCCAAGUCGCCUUGGUCAAAAAGUUCCGGGCAAUACUGGCGUGCACGGGCCACGGUCCUCUCGAAUAGACCUUCAUCCACGUCCGGCGUCCAGUCGUUCACGCGGAAACAACCGCCAAUGAUCGUGCCGCCUUCUUUCCUGGGGAAAAUGUACAAUAAUUCGUCUUUGCUGGCACCCGGUAUGUUCUUGACGGAAAGCAUGUACGGACAGCUGUUCCGCGCAUGGAUCACCUGGCCUUUUAUCGGGAACACGUCCUGGUCCAUCACGCCUCCCAGCUUGCUGGAGAGCAGGCCAGAGCAGUUCACAGUCACGUCAACUUGGCCGUCGGUGAAAUAGCUGGCGGCGUCUUUGAUGUGGUGUAAAUGUGCUCUAUGCAGCUUAACACCCAGACUUAAUAACUUCUGCAAUAGAUAGUGCAAAUAGAUUGGCACCGUGAUUGCCACGGUGGUGUACUCGUGGCCGUAUUCGACUCCGUCCGGGAGCUCUUCUCUGGAAAGAAGCCGGAAAUCCUGCACAAAGUCUUUGAACCACGGCAGCCGUUUGGAGUUGAGAAUCCGUUCCGUGCGUCUCACCACGCUUGAGCCGGGAACGUUUGCGGCUAGGUCCAUAAACCGGUAAUAACCGAGUUUGUCCCACUCCUUCAUCUCAUAGUCUUCAUCCUGCGCGAAGCUUGACCAAUUGGCGCCUGCAAAAGGACUGGUAUACUCGACGUCGACGUCGCCGGGCAGAUGACGAGCGACAAUCUGAACGUUGUGGCCUCUUUGUGCGAGCUCUAAGGCUGUGGUCAUUCCAACCACGCCGCAACUGACCGGUUAGCUGGGCCCAACAGCGG